AUUAUGAAGCAACAACUUUUAAUGAGACAGGAAGUAAUUCCUCUGUUAUACAUCACCUUUACAUCUCAAAAUAUGUGCAUGCGACAGAGUGUAACACUUCUUACUUAGAAUUUGCGACUCUAAGUAUGCUUAUUAUUAGUUUAGUGUUUGGACUUUGCACUUAACUCUGAGUGAAAGUGUCCAUAGACCGCCAUGUCUCCUGUAGCGGGCGCUAAGUUUGUCCGCACGCCGCUUCAGCUCUACCGGUACCUGCUGCGCUGCUGCAGACUUCUGCCAUCAGAAGCCAUGCAGAAACACUACCAACACGCCAUCAGACAGAGCUAUAACAGCCAUGUGGAUGAGGAUGACCCACAGAGGAUUCAGAUGAUCAUUCAAAGAGCUAUAUCUGAUGCAGACUGGAUAUUAAAUAAAUACACAAAAAAGAAGUGACCACCUUUGUGAAGUGUUCAUCAUGAAGCAAACUGAGGACUUGCACACAAGUGUGCUGCUAAACACCGUGACGAGAAAGUCAAAUCAUAAACAGAGGUUAAACAGUACAUCACCAAAUAUCCAUAUCAACUUUUACAAGUGUAACAAUGCCAUAAAGUUUACUUGAUGAUUACAUAAUAUUUUACACAUACACAAUGCCCUUUAUUGACUUUGUCUGGUAUAUAAGCCAUUCAAUUAUUGAUGCACCUAUUUGAUCAUAUACUUGUUGCCAUUACAUUCAAGUUUGUAUAUUUUCAUUAAAUUUAAUAUUAAUAUUGUUUUGAGUUAAUAAAUGUUUUAAUAUUA